AUGUCAUCGUUAAUAAAUGGACGUGUAAAUGUAUUGAAAAAUAUACUUAAUCUAGAAACUAUUUCUGAUAAUAAAAAUAGAUCAGCUAUAGAUGUUUUAUUUAUUGAAUUGUUAACAAAAUAUGAUAAAAUAUGUAAUUCUGGUUCUAUUAAAGAGUAUGUGGAAGUAUGGAUAGCAAAAUAUUUUGAUAUAUUUUAUGAGACAGACAAUUUUAUAAUGUCAGAUUUUAAUAAUUGGCGAGUUCUGUUUGAUUCUUUAAAAUUAAUUGACGGUGUUCAUAUAAAAAAUAACAUUGAAGAUAUUCUUAUAAGUCAAUUCAUUUUGUCAUUUUGUGAAAUAAGUGUUAUUAACCUUCAAAAAUUAGCUGCUUCUACUGAACUUAGAACUACCUUACAAAAAUGUAUUUUUGAUUCUGGAUUUGUUGGUGAUAGUGUGGACUCUGUACCUAUACCGAUCAAGAAUUUGAUAAAACUAUAUAGCAUGCUCCUCUCUGUUACUUGUUCCACCAGAGAUAUUAUGGAUAUUGUUUAUUUAUUACCUUCUAAUUUGGCAUUUAUGAUUUUUGAUAAUAUAUGUGAUCAUUUCAAUAAUUUAUCACUUGUAAAUCAGAUAAUUUUUGAAAAUUAUUAUCAUCAUAUGAAAUUUGAGAUAGAGGCGGAGCUUCAAAAGAAAGAUAUGACAAUUCAGUUAUGGGUCGAAUUGAAUGAUACAACACAUCAGAGAAUAUUAACAUUAGGUACAGAUCUAAUUAUUGAAAUUCACCAUGGUAAUCUUUGUCUUUGCAACCAAGAGUUUAUUCUUGGUCUCUUUGAUAAUUUUGAGUUUGAAUCACAUCUUUUAUACCAAAUAUCUUUAUCCUAUAUCUGCAGUACGGGCGAGUGGAUACUAUAUGUUAACGAUGAACUAAAACAGUGUUUUACCAUAUAUUGCAGUGAAAGACCCAAAAUAACUUAUGUUGAAAUAGGUUCUUUUAUUUGUUCGUUGAAGUUAUAUUCAUUGAAUAUAUGGUCCCUUGAAAUGUCUAUAGAUAUGGUAAAGGUAAUGUAUACAUUGGGUCCCACUUAUAAACCUCAAAUUAGUUCUAAUGAUUAUUACUGGGGUCUCCUGAGAAAUUUCCCAGAAGGUUAUUUGGAAGCACUAUAUUAUAUGACAGAAUCUACGUGUCUUGUAUUUAAAGAGUUUCAACAACAUCUUAAAAACUUAACUUUGCAAAACCUUGCUCUUCAUUAUGAUUUAGAAGAUACUAUUCAAAAGUUUAGAAAAGAUAGUUGUCAAUUUCAACUGAAUUUCAAUUACGGGCAUGAAUCAAGUUCAAAUAAAUGUUAUUUUUUGUAUACAGAAAAUAUUCAGUCAAAGCUAAUUACUAUAAACAUUUUUAAUAUUAUUAUCUAUCAAAUGCAGUCGGCCACAUCUCCAGACAUUAUAUUCCAAUACACUUCGCUAAUCUUUGAUCUUUGCAAUGAUCCAACACUUUUAUUAUUUUUCCAAAAGUCGGUGGGAUUUGAUCUUUUGGCUCAUAUACUUUAUCAAGUAUAUGUUAAGAAUUAUCAAAGAGGAUUGUCCUUUGAAUUCCUUAACUUAUUUUUGCAAUUUUGCGGAUGGAAUACUGAGAAUAUGAAGAUAUCUAUGUUAAAGAAUUCAAAUGCUUAUAAACAUUUGAUUAUUAAUUUUGAUCUGUGGAUCUAUCCACACACGGUUCAGAAUAAUAAAAAGAUUGAAUUAGUUAGGUAUAUAUUUUUCCAUUUAUCAAUGCUUCAAGAAAUUAACAAAUAUCGCGAAUACAAUGGUAUUGAACUAAAGAAAAUAGAUGCCUUCACCACAAUUUGCUGUUAUUUAUAUGGUAAUGAAAAUGAAAUAUUUAAGAAGCUUACUGAUUCAAUAAUAUCCACUCUGUAUAUUUUGAUUAUUAAUGAUUCUAGUCGAGUGAAUUAUAAUCUUAUCUGGCAGAUAAUUAUAGUAUCUUUAGAAAAUGACAAGUUAUACAAUAUUCAACUGUUUAUUGAUGUCUUAAAUCAGGUUCUAAACUAUAUGGAGACCAUUAAGGAUUACAAGUUUUUCAAUUUACAUUCUGCUAAUUUGUUGCUAUAUUUAACAAGUCUUAUGAGUCAGAAACUUUUGGGAAUUACUGUACUUAUAAAAUUACUAUUUCAGCAUUUUUCUAUCAAUGAACAGCUCUAUAAAAAAUUUUUGAUACAAGAUGGAAUCAAAUUAUUAUUCAGUAUUCUAACUCAAUGCCAAAUUGAUUGCCUGUUUGAUAUAUUGCCAAUAAUAAUUAAUUUUAGUACUAACAGGGAUAUCUGUAACUCAUUAGACAUUGAAAAUAUUCAUGAUUUUCAAUUUUGUAAUUUUGAAAGUCGUUUGCCUUUUGUGUGUUUAAGUAUAGAUAUUGUAGAAUGGAUGGUCAACAAUUUUUCACAAAUAACAUCUGAGAAAAAUCUUCAAAAACUUCUUAGUAUAUUUGUUCAGGAAAUAGUUAACACCAGUAAUGAUUUUAAAAAUAUAAUUAUUAAUAAUUUAAACUUAUUAUCACAUCUGUCAAAUUUGUUAUUUACACUACAUAAUAUGGAUAAUUCUGAAACUUAUCAAGGUAUAUCCAAAAUUUUAGCUAACUUUCUUUCAAAUAUAAUUAUAGAGGUUAUAAAAGUUAAACAAAAUGCAGGUAUACAAUUGAGUAAUCUAUAUGGUUAUGAGUCAUAUUUUGAUGAUAAUUAUUUAAAAACUUAUCACAUAGAAAAUUGUAAUUAUGUUGAUUUAAUAUUUGUUGAAACUAUUUUACCUGAUAUUUUGAUCAAGCUACUGGACAAUGAGUCAACUUUGAUAUCUGAACUAAAACAGAACACACUGAUGAUUAAAAAUAUAUUUGAUUUGUUAAAUGAAUUAAAAGAUUACUUUGCUUUAAUGACGUAUAAUACCUCUACUUUAAGACAGGUCUACGAACUUUUAUUCAUUUGUGGGGAAGUUGUCUUAUCAAUGACUCCAACAUUUUCACGCCUCUUUUCCAAAUAUUAUAUGUUAUUAUCUAAUUUUUCAAAAGAUUAUUGUAGGAUGGUACUUAAUAAUGAUAUCAAUAAUUGGAUUAGUUCUGAUUGUGAAGAAUUUGAUUCAGCUUUGGUAAAAUAUCAGUCAUCAAUAUACAGUCUCAACUCACACAAGAAUAUUCAUGAUGUAACACAAUACCUGUUAUUUACAUUAAUGUAUCGCCUUUGUUUGGGAAAAACUUCAAGAAUGUUGAUACCAGCAAUCAGAGCCCUGGUGAUGUUUAAUUAUGAAAACCUUGAGGACCUCAUCGUUGAACCUUAUCAAAAUUGUGAGUCUUUGAGGAUUUAUAUGAAACAAUUUUUAUCAUCAAAUGAUGAAGUGAUUUUAGGUAGCGUAAACACUAUAACUGAUUCAAUUUUAAAUGGUUGUACAAUAUCCUUCUAUCAAAAGAAAGUUAAUAAAUGUGCAAAUAGAUGGCUAUAUGCAAAACCGAUUAUUAAAGAUAAUUUAAAUGAAAUUAUAUUUGAAAGAAAAUAUCGUUAUGCAAACUUCAAUAGGUUAGAGGGUGAAAAAUUAAAUAUAUCUUUGUCUGAAUGUGUUAGAAGAAAGACAAAGAUUAUUAAUGAUAUCAUAGUGAAAAAAAUUAACAGUUAUUUAAUAAAAAUACAAGAGCAUGAGAAAAAUCAAGAAUAUAAAAAAAUCCAGAUAAAUUCUGAAAUAAGACAUCUUCAUGAUGUAAAGAAUAAAAAAAUAUCAAAUAAUUUGACAAUCAGUAAUGAAGAAAAUUCAGAAAGAAUGAGAAACAAGAUUGUUCCUUGGUAG